AUGUCUUUUGCAGUUCACCAACAGUGUAAUGAAAUCAAUUUAUUGAUUUCUCAAAUACCUUUCUCAUUUCCUAGCAUACUUGGAUUAAAAGAUAUUGUUAUUAAUGAUGUGUUAGAUAUUCAAGUCAUUAUUCAACACCUCUCUUUUGGUGGUAAAUUUACAACAGAGGCUGUGACAUAUAUUUUACAAAGAGCAAGCCAAGUAUUUAAACAAGAACCAAACGUUGUUGAAAUAAAUUCACCAUGUACUAUUAUUGGUGAUACACAUGGGCAAUUUUAUGAUCUUUUAAACUUUUUUUCAACAGUUUCAUCUGGACGUUAUGUUUGUUUAGGAGAUUAUGUAGAUCGAGGAGAUUAUGGGGUAGAAUUAUUUUUGUUAUUAUGUUCAUUAAAGGUAGUGUUUCCAAGUCAGUUCAUUAUUUUACGUGGAAAUCAUGAAACUCGUUCUGUAACAACUCAAAACCAAUUUAAGAAUGAAUGUUUAAUGAAAUACAACGAGGACGUUUAUAAUUCUUUUAUUUAUACAUUUCAAUGUCUUCCAUUAUGUUGUUUAGUUUCUACAUUACAUUCUCGCUAUUUUUGUGUGCAUGGAGGUAUUUCUGAUAGAUUAGCAACAAUAGAUGAUAUUAAUAAAUUAAAUAGAUUUUGUGAACCAACACGUGAUUCACCAUUAGAAGACUUAUUAUGGUCUGACCCUUUAAAUGAAGAUGAAAUAUUUUCUGUUAGUAUAGGUGAUACAUCAAUUACUUCUCAUUUAAGUUCAUGUCAAAGUAAUCAUUUCCCAUUUAUUAAACAGUCAUUAAAAAUGUAUUUCAAUGAGCAAGCAAUAAACAGAGUAGUGCCUUGGUUUGAAACCACUUUUGUUCCUAAUUGGGUUAGAAGGUAUGGACAUAAAAUUGGUUAUUCUGCUUUAAAACAAUUUAAUGAAAAAAAUAAUAUUACAACCAUAAUUCGUGGUCAUCAAUAUGUUAAUUCUGGUUAUCAAUGUAUGUACUAUUUAGUAGAAGAAACACCUUUACUUUGUACUGUAUUUAGUGCUCCAAAUUAUAUGGGUGAAUGUUGUAAUGUUGGUGGAUAUAUUCAAAUUAGCGAUGAUUCUUUUAUUACAAAGACUUUUAAGACUGUUACAAAGGGAUUUGUUGUUAAAGAAUACAUUUUAAAUUUUGGUGAAACUUCAUUAUUUGAAAAAAUAAUUGGUUCAAAUGUGAGCUGCUGA